AGUCACGUGGCGAUCUCUCUCUCCGUCUGUCUCUCGUCUAUUCCAAGAGGCAAGAAGUCUCUCUUAGAGGAAAGAAGAAGGAAGAAAAGCUUCGGGAGAUGAGAAAACCCUAGAAGAAUCCGCAAGCAGAUUUCCUUUGCUUCCAGAAAUUCCGAAACUUCUGUAGUUAAAUAGUAUUUGAAAUCGCUAGAUAAUGGUGAAGAAGGGUGUGCCCGAGUGGCUCAACAGCUCGCUCUGGUACUCCACUUCCUCUCAGGAAGACGACGACCGAGUCUCUCGAUACUCCACCAGACCCACAACCAUUUCCUCUUCUUCCCCCGAACCUGCUGUGGAGCCGCCACCGGUCCUCCAACCCCCUCCCUCAUCUACCCGUGUAGAACCCGCAAAGCUGGCGGAGAACAAGGACUCGCCCACCAACGACAGCCAUAGCAGCGAUCUCAGUUACAAUGGCAUCUCCGAAGAAGCUGGACCUUCCGCCGAGGACAUUUCUCGCCAGUCCCAGCUCCUCGCCGAGAUAUCGAAGAAAGUGAUAAACAUGCGGGACCUGCGGAGAUUUGCGUCACAGGGUAUACCGGACGGCCCUGGGAUUCGUUCCAUAGUAUGGAAGCUCUUACUGGGCUAUCUACCGCCGGAUCGUGGGGUUUGGUCAUCCGAAUUAGCCAAGAGGAGGUCGCAGUACAAGCAAUUUAAAGAGGAGCUUUUGAUGAAUCCUUCAGAAAUUACGUGGAGGUUGGAUAAAUCCAGAAGCUGUGACAAAGAUGACUCAAAAAGUGAAAGCAGGUGCUUGCUCUCAAGAUCAGAAAUAACCCAUGGGGAACAUCCUUUGAGCCUUGGGAAGUCCAGCAUAUGGAAUCAAUUCUUUCAAGACUCAGAGAUCAUAGAACAGAUUGACCGAGAUGUGAAGCGCACCCAUCCAGACAUGCACUUUUUCUCAGGGGACUCACAAUUUGCGAAAUCUAAUCAGGAGGCAUUAAAGAACAUUUUAAUUGUGUUUGCAAAGUUAAAUCCGGGUAUAAGAUAUGUUCAGGGGAUGAAUGAAAUUUUGGCUCCUCUAUUCUAUGUGUUCAGAAAUGACCCUGAAGAGGAAUAUGCGGCCUCUGCUGAAGCAGACACAUUCUUUUGUUUUGUUGAGUUAUUGAGCGGAUUCCGUGACAACUUCUGUCAGCAACUUGAUAAUAGUGUUGUGGGAAUACGUUCCACAAUUACGAAGUUCUCACAGCUUCUCAAGGAACAUGAUGAGGAGUUGUGGCGUCAUCUUGAGGUCACAACCAAAGUCAACCCCCAAUUUUAUGCCUUUCGGUGGAUUACUCUUCUCUUGACUCAGGAAUUCAAUUUUGCGGACAGUCUUCACAUUUGGGACACUCUUCUAAGUGAUCCUGAAGGUCCCCAGGAAACACUUCUUCGGAUAUGUUGUGCUAUGCUGAUCCUCGUUCGGCGGCGCCUUCUAGCAGGUGAUUUCACGUCUAAUCUCAAACUGCUCCAGCACUAUCCUCCAACAAACAUCAGUCAUUUGCUCUAUGUUGCCAACAAGUUGCGUGUACAAUCCUUAGGCUAAUUCUCUAAGCAAUCCCUUUUUAUUUUUUGUUGUUCCAAAUUUAAUGCUUGUAGAUCACUGGAUGUAAAUGUUGAUCAAAAGUACAAACUGAGGCAGUGAUGACAUCCAUUAUUUCUUUUAAAUACUUUUUUUUGUCUCUCUUUGCUAGAAAUUCAUUGUUACCUUUCAUGUAACAUGUCCAUCCCUCUCUUUUUGUUAUGGAUCAAUGAGUUGGUUGUCGACUAUGAACAAAUACUAUGUAAUAUUUACUCUUGCCUA